AUGGGAGCGCAAGCCGGCUUCCCCCUCGAGACCUGGUUCUGGGAGAUGCCACUGUGCACCCGCUGGUGGACAACAGCUACGGUUUUGACCUCUGCGCUCGUACAAUGCCAGAUCGUCACGCCGUUCCAGCUCUUCUACUCUUUCCGCGCUGUGUUCUAUAAGAACCAGUACUGGCGCCUCCUCACAACAUUCCUCUACUUCGGCCCCCUCUCUCUCGACCUCGUCUUCCACGUCUUCUUCCUAACUCGCUACUCCCGCCUCCUCGAAGAAUCCUCCGGCCGCUCCCCCGCCCAUUUCUCCUGGCUCCUCCUCUACGCAACCACCUGUCUGAUCCUGCUCUCGCCUCUCGUCAGCAUGCCCUUCCUAGGCCAUCCUCUCAGCUCAACACUCGUCUACAUCUGGUCCCGUCGAAACCCUGACACUCGCCUUUCCUUCCUGGGGCUGCUAGUGUUCACCGCACCAUAUUUGCCCUGGGUAUUGAUGGGGUUUAGCCUGGUGGUGCAUGGCAUAGUGCCUAAGGAUGAGAUUAUGGGGGUGGUGAUAGGCCAUGUGUGGUACUUUUUCAAUGAUGUGUAUCCGCCGUUGCAUGGGGGGUCCAAGCCGUUUGAUCCGCCGAUGUGGUGGAGGAGGAUUUUUGAGGGCCCGGUGAGAAGGGAGGAGAGUGCUGAUGCAAUUAAUAAUGAGAUUGCAGUUGCGGCGGCGCCGGAGGUGAGAUAG